AUGAAGCUCGAGUGGCAUGUCUGGAUAUUUUUGCUGGGUGCCGUGAAGGGCCUAGACAUGGAUCGGCUUGAGAGAUCGUACAUAGAAGGAAAAACUCCCGAUACUACGAACAUUCAUGGAACCAAUGUUGCCACACUCUCGCAGACUCCACCAGAAGGUCAACAGAUCUCGACCGAUGGCUGGACUGCGAACUGUACUUCUGUCGCGAGCGGCCACGACUGCAACCAAGCGUUUGAUGCCGACAACAGCACCUACUGGCAGAGCGCUAGCGGCACAACCAUCCAGUCUAUCACCAUUCACCUCGGAGAUGCGGAAAUGGCUAUCAGUGGGAUCGUUGUGGUACCACUCCAAGGUCAAAAUGAUACCCAUUUGAUUGAGCAGCAUGAAGUCUUCCUGAGUAACGACGGUGACAACUGGGAGCGUGUUGCAUAUGGAACCUGGUGGCCUGAUGAGAGUCUCAAGGUGGCAGCCUUUCAACCGCGCAAAGCAAAACACGUACGAUUAUCAGCCCCUGCUCCCACCGGAAUUGCCAUCUCGGAUAUCAGCAUCUACCAGGAUCGUUACAUUACCCCCGACCCCAGUCUCGGAGCCUGGGGCCCAACGAUUGACUUCCCGCUUGUCCCGGUGUCCGCUGCCGUCGAUGCACACUCUGGUGAGCUCGUUGCCUGGUCCGCCUGGGGUUACGACCAGUUCACUAGCGGCAAAGCAGCGAAGACCCAAACUGCGACCUGGAGUCCCACUAAACAAUCCGUCACUCGCCGCACCAUCACCGACACUCACCAUGACAUGUUCUGCUCGGGCAUUUCGUUGGAUGAGAACUCAAAGAUUAUCGUGACCGGCGGAGCUGAUGGAGGAGAGACGAGCAUCUACAACACUACCGAUCGCGAUUGGUUUGUCGGGGAAGGUAUGAAUAAGGACCGCGGUUACCAAGCAACGACCCUCUUGUCCGACGGACGUAUGUUCGUCAUUGGAGGAUCCUGGAGUGGAGGUGUCGGCGGCAAGAAUGGCGAAGUAUAUGAUGUUAAGACCAACACAUGGGACGAGCUCCCCAACGCGAAGGUAUCGGCGAUGUACACAAAGGACCGACGCACAUACAGACGCGACAAUCACGGCUGGCUGUUUGGUUGGACUGACGGCUACACUUUCCAGGCCGGCCCAUCUGAACAGAUGAACUGGUACGGCUCUGCCGACAGUGGUAGCACCAAUGGAGCAGGCAAUCGUACAGGUGAUCAGGACGCCAUGUGUGGCAACGCGGUCAUGUAUGACAAUGGCAAGAUUCUCACAUUUGGUGGCUCCCCAUGGUACGAGGACAAAAACGCCACCACAAAUGCCAACAUCAUCUCCCUCGACAAACCCUCCCAAGAUCCUUCUGUCAUUGCGAACGCAGGCGGUGGCAUGAACUAUGCGCGAACCUUCCACUCAUCCGUUGUGCUCCCUGAUGGGACCGUUUUUGUCAAUGGUGGCCAGUCCUACGGAGUUCCUUUCGGCCAGAACGAUGUUCAGAUGACACCGGAACUUUUCAUUCCUGAUUCAUCAAGCGAAAACGGAGGGACCUGGAAGACCCUUCAAACCAACACUAUCAUCCGUGUGUACCACAGUCUUUCGUUGUUGCUCCAAGAUGGCACUGUCUUCACUGGUGGUGGUGGUCUCUGCGGAUCAUGCGAAUCGAACCAUUUUGAUGGUCAAAUUUACACCCCGCCUUAUCUGCUGAAGGCUGAUGGAUCCCUUCGUGAUCGUCCUGAGAUCCAAAGCGUGACUCCCAGCACCGCCAAGCCUGGCACCACUGUCGAAGUCACUACGGCUGGCCCGGUCGAUACUCAGGCCGCCAUCAUUCGCUAUGGUUCCACUACCCACACCGUCAACACAGACCAGCGUCGGAUCGGUGUUGAGCUGAAGUCGACUGGGGACAACAAGUACACCUUCGACAUCCCCUCUGAGGCAGGCCGGGCUAUUCCUGGGUACUACAUGCUCUUUGUUAUGAAGGAUGGAACACCCAGCCACUCCGUCAACAUUCAAGUCACUUCUGACUAA